AAAAAUAAAUAUCAGUGCAAUAUGGCGUCUCUAAACUAAAAAAAACAACAAGUUUAUUAGAACAAGGACGAAAAAUAUUGAAGCAACUAAAGAUAAAAAGAGAAAAAUAAUAGCAAAUAAUAGUAUGAGGAAAUAUUGUUAACAAUAUAAAAUUUUUUUAACUCGUUAUUUAUAUUAUCAAUUGGUUUUUCCAAGGUAUAUAUAAUCAUAAUAUUGUUAUCAGCAUCAUUGAGUAAGUAUCAUCAGCCAACAUCAACUUAUAUCUACUCAUAAAAAUAUACAGACAAUUUAUCUUACAGACAAUCAAUGGCGGCUGUAUUUGACAUUGAGUUACAUGAUGUGGACUUUGUUCAAAAAGAAGAUUCUGAUAAUGAUGUUAUUGAUUUAACUGAGGGUGAUUACAGUAUAAAUCCAAAUAUUGAUAGAAUUAUCGAAAAUGAAGAAGUUGAAAAAGUUCCAAUAUCACCACAAAAUGUUGGAAGAGAAAGAGUAAGUCGUCAAGAUUUUGAACUUUGUCGUGUUAUUGGUAAAGGUGGAUAUGGAAAAGUAUUUCAAGUACGUAAAAAAACUGGUAGUGAUAAAGGAACAUUAUUUGCAAUGAAGGUUUUACGUAAAGCAUCAAUAAUAAGAAAUCCAAAAGAUACUGAUCAUACAAAAACAGAAAGAAAUAUAUUAGAAGCAAUAAAACAUCCAUUUAUUGUUGAUUUAAUGUAUGCAUUUCAAACUGGUGGUAAAUUAUAUUUAAUAUUAGAAUAUAUGUGUGGUGGUGAAUUAUUUCGUCAUUUAAAUGAUGAAGGUAUAUUUUUGGAAGAAACAGCAUGUUUUUAUUUAUCUGAAAUAAUAUUAGCACUUGAACAUCUUCAUAAACAAGGAAUAAUAUAUCGUGAUUUAAAACCAGAAAAUGUAUUACUUGAUGCUGAUGGACAUAUUAAAUUAACUGAUUUUGGUUUAUGUAAAGAACAUGUACAAGAAGGUGAUGUAACACAUACAUUUUGUGGUACAAUUGAAUAUAUGGCACCAGAAAUAUUAAGAAGACAAGGACAUGGUAAACCAGUUGAUUGGUGGAGUCUUGGUACACUUAUGUUUGAUAUGUUAACUGGUUCACCACCAUUUACUGGUGAAAAUCGUAAAAAAACAAUUGAUAGAAUUUUAAGAGCUAAAUUAAUAUUACCACCAUAUUUAACACAAGAUGCUAAAGAUUUAUUAAGAAAAUUAUUAAAAAGAGAUGCAUUAUCUCGUCUUGGAUCAAGUUCAUCUGAUUCUGAAGAAAUUAAAAAUCAUCAUUUUUUUAAACAUUUACAUUGGGAUGAUGUUAUAUCACGUAAAUUAAUACCACCAUUUAGACCAAGACUUACUAGUGCUGAUGAUGUAUCACAAUUUGAUAAAAUAUUUACAAAUGCAGCACCAGUUGAUUCACCACCAGAGUAUAUACUAAGUGAAUCAGCAAAUCGUGUUUUUCAAGGAUUUACUUAUGUUGCACCAAGUAUAUUUGAAGAACACAUGGAGGAUAUUUAUGCUGGUGUUCAUAUUGUUAAUGUUUGUAAAAAUAAAAAUCCACGUAUGCGGGGUUUUUCACCAAGAAAUAAUAAUUUGUUUAGAAACGGACGUGGACACAAUGAUGUAGAUGAUUUAGAUACCGAAAUGCAAGAUUUAGAUUAAUUAUAAAUAUUCAUUAUUUAACAAAAAUAUUAAUCCCAUUUUUUUUUUUUUGUUAAUUUAAUUUAUCGAGCCGGUUAAGAUCCUUUAAACUCAGGAAAAUGAUAAAUUUAUUU